ACUGGCAGUUUGCAGCAGUCUCUCCGCGCUGUCCACGGGACUCGGCGGAAAACAUCACACUCUCGCUCGUUUUUUGCCAAGCUGUGUUUGAUUCCACUCACUUUGCAGCCGGACUGCGGAGGCAUCACGGCAGAGAAAAGCCGCUGUCUUCCCCGAGAAGGUUAUCGAAGUAUCAUUGCGCGUUUCCAGACACAGACCAACGCCAAGAGAAGCAUGUGUGGGUGUUAAGUCAUAUGCUUGGUUGACCUCACUGCCCCUGAAUACGGAGCUGCUGUCUGCUUCACCUCCGAUUGCCCAGUUGUCCCGAGACUGACUCCACACCAUGUCUGCAGAGGUAGACAGAGCACACGCAUCUUCUGCCGAUCCCAGUGUCCCCUCCACCGCUACAACCUCAACACCCCCCAACUCUCCUACAACACAGACAUCCAAAGUCCCAUUCAGGAAAGAGAAGAAGAAGGUAACAGAGAAGACAGAUGAGUACCUGCUGGGCAGGUUUCAGGGGGAUGGUGUCAGAUACAAGGCCAAACUGAUUGGCAUUGAUGAUGUUCCAGAGGCCCGUGGAGACAAGAUGUGCCAGGACUCCAUGAUGAAACUUAAGGGUAUGGCAGCAGCAGCUCGGUCCCAAGGUAAGCACAAACAGAGGAUCUGGGUCAACAUUUCCAUCUCGGGUAUCAAGAUCAUUGAUGAGAAAUCAGGGGUGAUCGAACAUGAGCAUGUGGUGAACAAGAUCUCCUUCAUUGCCAGAGAUGUAACGGAUAACAGGGCUUUUGGAUAUGUGUGUGGAGCUGAAGGACAGCAUCAGUUCUUUGCCAUAAAGACUGCACAACAGGCAGAGCCACUGGUCAUCGAUCUGAAGGAUCUAUUCCAGGUCAUCUUCAACCUGAGGAAGAAAGAGGCGGAGGCUUCACAGAAGGCUGAAAAUGGGAGCAGUGUAGUUGAGAAUGGAAAUGGUGCCUUAUCUAUGGACAGUGAAGUAAAAUCAGCUCAACCAGUUGAGCAGCUUGACCUUUUUGGAGACAUGUCAACCCCUCCAGACAUUCAGGCUCCAAAUGACUCUAAUGAUACUCUCUUACUGGACUUUUCUGCUGAAGUUGACAGCAAUCAAAAUUGCAUAAAGGGGAGCUCCUUUAUAACUUCCUGUGCCCCUGACUAUAGGGCAUAUCCCCAGACAGAGAAUCCGUUUUCCUCAACUUUUGGCUAUUUCCCAACCCCAGACAGUGACCCUUUCAAAGAUGACCCCCUUUCUAAAUCGCCCACUCUGUUGGCAUCUGAUAAUGCCCAGAUCCCCCACACCAUCACCACCACCAAUCACCUAAACAGCACUGCUGGCAGCACUAGUAAGACAAUUAUUAAUGGUGGUUUGAAUGGAGACUCUGAACACCUCAGUCAGCAAAUAAAUGAGUUAUCCAGAGAAACCAUGAUCCUGGCUCUCAGUAAUGGACAGUGGCCACUAGGGGGCAAAAUAACUCAGGGAAACACAACUACCAUGAUGGAUGGAAAUGAAUCUGGACAAGUUCUGUCAAACAAAAAUCCAUUUUUUGACUCAUCUUUGAAAACUUCCCCUGUCUCUAAUGAAAUAACUCAUCGCCCAGAACCGCCAGUGACUCAUAGCAAGGAUUCAGUUGUCAUAAACCCGCCUCCGCACAACUCUAAGUCUGGACGAGGUCGAAGAAGUGCAAAGUCUACAUCAAGUGAUCUGUUUGGAGCAGAGCUGUUUGCUGCUUCCAGUCAGUCUGAGGGGUUCUCUGCUCCAGACCUCUUCAACAAUACACCGGCAAACCCUGCUCCCUCUGCCAUAGCUGCUCUGGGGAAUCUCCAAUUGGGUCCACCAACUACAUGCAUCCCUGCUGUAAGCAUGUGGGGAGCCUCCAAUGCUGCACCCAACAUGUUCCCCAUGCCAGGAGCGACCAUUCCAGGCCCUAGGCCUGCCUUCCCACAGCCAUCUGCCUUUGGUGGUCUACCCAUACCACCAACAGCCUGGGGUCAGCAGGUGCCAUCACAGUUUGCUGCCCCGCCGCUCUCUCCACCCCACCUUGCUUGGGGGCAGCCUGCCUUGACCAAUCCUUUCCAGCCUAAUGCAUUCCCAGCAAUGGGUGAUCAGCAAGGUCCAUCACGCCCACCUCCAAGGGCACCUGUUAAACAGGCCCCUCCAAAAGUAGAGAACAGUGCCUUCACAGCUUUGGAUCCCCUUGGAGAGAAAGAGAGGAAGACUGGGAAAGACAUGUUCAAGGACUUCCAGCUUGCCAAACCCCCUGCCAUCCCAGCAAGGAAAGGAGAGCUUGCAUCUAGCUCAGGUCCAACUUCAAGCAGCAAAGAGGCAGGGGCAUUUGAUCAAUACUUCUCCACUAAAGUGGGCCUCGCUCAGGAUGCUGCAGAUCACGAUGACUUUGAAAUCAAUAAGAUGCCAUCAUUUGAUCCCUCUAAACCAGCUUCUGUACCAGCUCCUGCCCCAGCUCCAAGUGUAAACCCUGACCUCUUGGAUGCUGCCUUCUCCUCCUUCCCAAACAAUUCAGCACCAUCCCAGGGACAAGGACCCAGUCAGGACAUGUUUGACAAAGCAUUUGGAGCCCCUGACUCCAGUCCAUUUGGAGUGCCACCUGUAGCUAUGCAGAAUACAUCUGUUGGUCAGAGCUCUGGUUCAACAUCUGCCUUUGGGGAUGCUUUUGGGAAUCCCUUUGCUUGACCACAUCUUUUUGGAGUAAUUGGAGUAAAUGAGAUUUCCACAACCAUCACGAUGUUUGGGAGAAGCUGCUCGGUGCAUGACAAUCCAGAAAAUGAACUCUUCUAAAUGUUGUCCCAGACCCACCCUUUCUUUACACCUCCACCUCUGAGGGUGUUUUUCUAUUUCAAUCAGUAGUUCCCUCAUUUUUUUUGAAGACCACUGAUCUACAAAGUAAAUGUUAUGUCAUAAUCUGCUGAAGAGAGAAAAGUGCUGUGUGAGAGAAGGCGUGUCCAAAGUGGGUCACUGCUGAUGCUGUCUUUGUCAAAUAAAAUAAAAUGAAUCAUUCAUAAAGC